AUGGCGUCCUCGUUCCAGGAUGCGUGGCAGAUUGCGCUUGAUGCUGAAAGGGAGCUCUUGCGAUGCCUCGCUGAGAAGGAACCAACCUACGUGGAGUUUACGCACUAUCUAGCCGAGCUCCGCUCCGCAUCCCAGAAUGCUAUCCUCCUCGAUUUCGAUGCCGCUCGAGAAUACGACAUUGAAGGUCGCCUAUGGGAAGCACACUUGAAAGUCAAUACCCGCUUUCGCAAGAAGCUCUCUCGCCACAAAGAGGAGAACGUUAAAAAGAAGCCCGUCGAGAAACGGAAGCUCGAAAAGCAUUAUCUGGACUUCAUCAAAUCAAGUCAGCGUUUCUACCGCGGAUACAUCCAGCAUCUUUCUUCGCACUUCGGCGGCAUUCUGGAAUUGGAGAAAGUUGCGCGCAAGUUCAAUUUUGAAAACCUCGCCGCGCAGCCCCCAAUCAAAGUUACGCCGGACUUACGGAAGCGCAUUCUUCAAUCUUGCCACGCAACGCUUAUUCGACUCGGUGACCUCUCUCGGUAUCGGGAAACGGAAUUAGUGAACAAGGAUCGUAACUGGGGCCCGGCCAUCGGCUAUUAUGAUUUGGCUUCGGUCAUCUACCCUACCUCGGGCGCGUCACACAAUCAAUUGGCGGUUAUUGCGCUCGCUGAUGGCAAUCACUUCCGUGCUACCUAUCACCUCUACAGGGCAUUGUCAGCUCGGGAUCCCCAUCCAUCGGCUAAGGGAAACCUGGAGAUUGAAUUUAGAAAGGUUAUGAAUGCGUGGGCCAAGCGAGAGUUGAUUCGUCCAGAAGAUGCCGGUAUCCCAGGCCGAGCUUUGGCUCCUUGGUUUGUCUAUCUUCAUGCGCAGUGCUAUAAGGGCAAUGAUUUCUCAGAGCACGAUGAAUUAGAGAGUGAGGUUAUGAGCCAGCUGGCUGUGGAUGUCAGAGAACAGAGAUCCCUGGAGGGUACGCUCCAAAAAUUCUGCCUUGUCAAUAUUGCCGCCGAGGAUUUUGCUCGAGCACGAGCUACCGAAGAGUCGGCGAAUGCGCGCAUCUUCUUCGAGCGUAUCAACGUGAAGACAUUUUUCACAUUGCUACAAAUCUUGCUGGUUGAGCUGGAACGGUUCGCAGUGGAAGAAUCCAAUAGCAAGCCUGCUGAUAAUGGACCAGACAAGAUGACUGUGGUUGCGCGUCGAAUCCUACCUGCUCUGCGCCAUUACAGUUCCUGGCUUCUCGCUACUAGCGACUUCCUUAUCGCGCAGAAGGAAGAAAAGGACUCGGCUCUCUCGAUCCAGAUCAAGGAAUUCUGGAAGAUUUAUGCUGGAACCCUGACUCUUCUUGCGUCUACCUUUGAUGUUGUGCAUCUCCCAGAGAUUGACUACCUUCUAGAGGAAGACGAAGAAAGUCUCGGAUUUGCACCUCUAGAUCAGAAAGCCAAUACUCGCCGAUACUAUGCUACGGAGGACCAGCUUAAACCUCGUGUGACCGAUCCCGGUGUUGAAAGAAGUCAUCCGAAUAUGGAAAUGCUUUAUCGGGUUCGCGAAUUUGUUAUCGAUGGUCUUGACCUGGUCGUUGGAAACAGAAUUCCUAUUGCUCUGGUGGACGAUGAAGAUAAGAAGACCUUCAUCUAUCAAGAGGAUGGUCUGUCUUCUCAAAUCUUCUCCAGCCCGAUGGGUCGUCCGGAUACUCUUCCAAAUGCCAACAUUGAGCGCGAGGAUAUUCCACCGCCAACUCAAGACUCAAAUUCGGUCGCCGAGGCUCGCAGCAUGUUUGGAGGCUCUCAGUCAGCCACUGCAUCGAUGUCUGCCAAUAUGCAUCGCAUUGUGGAAGGCGUUGAACGUCUGGUCGAGUCGGACACUUAUGAGAAUGCACCUGGCAUUCCCGAUCAGUUUGCAUCAUUUCUAAAUGACAAUGAGGAUAUGAUCACGCCGCCCGGUCAUAUCAGGCCCAGUUCACAUGGCUUUCCUUUCACUGAACCAGGCGUGCAGCCGCUUGGGACCCCUAGGGCUCCUCCGGGCCUGGGCCCGCCGGCUGUCAAUGCUGCUGCAGCUCUUCAUACGUCCUUGUCUCAGUCAUACACGCCGCUGCCCGCUCUGCCCAGUAUUCCAAGUAUCUGGAACACUUCAUCUUCGGGCCCGCUAAGAGACGGCACAUCUCCACGUACUCCACCAGGUCUUGGCCCGCAGGCCCCAAUGCAGCAAAUGUCUCCGGUCAAUCCCAUGUCCGAGCGGUCCCCCUCUCAAGGCCAGAUCGCCAACGAACUACUCCGCCACGGCAUGAUGGGUCAAACUCAGUUUUCGAAUUCAAUGGAUGCAUCGCCGUCUGUUCCUUCAUGGAUGGCAGCCUCCAACAUGUCUGCAGCCCAGGCUCAGCCUCAGGUCCCAACUCGGCCCUAUCCAGCAAAUACUUGGGAACGAGAAUCACUCGGUCGAAUGACCUUUGGCUCUUACGAGUUGCCCAGCCAAGCUAUGUCGAGUAUGCCUGCACCAUCAUGGGCGAAUGAUGCAUUCAUCGCCAGUAGCCUUGCAUCUAGCACGAGUCAAUUCCCCCCUGGCUUGGGCGGCCACCGAAAAUCGGCUUCUCAACUUGGUGCUAUUGGACAGACACCACGAUGCGGUCAAGGAGGCUGA